UUCUAUUUGAGUGAACAAAAAAUUAGAAAAAAAUUGUCUCUAUAUCUAUCUUAUUCUUUACAUAAGUUUAUAUUUCUCGUUAUCUGUAGAUUUCUUUCUGCAGAACAAAGGCCAAGAAUCAGCAUUAUUAUAUUGUGCUACAGCUAGUCAUAGAAAGUUACCGCGUGUCCUAUUACUUAGUUAACAAAGCUCUAUAUAUGUACAAACACCACACAAAAUCCACGCAGUAGCUGUGCCUCUUACAGAUAAAAAUCAUCUUAUUAGUUCUUUAAUGGUGUAUUCAGAAAGCAAGGCUAAUAGAGAACCAACCAAAUCAUCAGGGCCAUAUAGCUAGGACUAGAGAUGAUGUUUUCCCCAUCAAGUGCAAUGAAAAUGGAAGAAGGAGAAGAGAACAAACUCGAAAUCGCCAGGGACCAUGACUUGGAGGACCAGCUUCAGCUGCAAGGUGGUGCUGAGUUGCAGCCUCAGAAAUGGAGUGAUCAGAUAACACUGAGAGGGUUGCUUGUGAGCAUGAUGAUUGGAAUAAUGUACAGCAUAAUAGUCAUGAAGCUCAACCUCACAACUGGCAUGGUUCCCAACCUGAAUGUCUCUGCUGCACUCCUUGCUUUUGUGUUUGUCCGCAGCUGGACGAAGGUUCUCCAAAAGGCUGGCUUUGUGUCGAAGCCCUUCAGCCGCCAAGAGAACACCAUCAUACAGACUUGUGCUGUUGCAUGCUAUAGCAUUGCUAUUGGAGGAGGAUUUGCUUCUUAUCUACUGGGAUUAAACAGGAAGACUUAUGAGUUGUCUGGGGUGGGAACUCCGGGUAACAGUCCAGGUGCCAUUAAAGAACCUGGAUUUGGUUGGAUGACUGGCUUCCUUUUUGUGGUUUGCUUUGUUGGCCUUUUUGUCUUGAUCCCACUCAGAAAGAUCAUGAUAGUUGAUCUUCAAUUAACAUAUCCAAGUGGGUUAGCAACAGCUGUUCUAAUCAAUGGUUUUCAUACCCAGGGUGACAAAAUGGCCAAGAAGCAAGUGAGGGGGUUCAUGAAAUAUUUUUCCAUCAGUUUCUUAUGGGGUUUAUUUAAGUGGUUCUUCUCAGGGAUAAAAGACUGUGGAUUUGAACAGUUCCCUACCUUUGGAUUGCAAGCGUGGAAGCAAACAUUCUACUUUGAUUUCAGCAUGACUUAUGU